CUCGUUCGUUCUCCGGUUGUCUGGCAGACGCUGAGGUUCCUGACAGACUGGGAAGGCUUGUCGAUCUGUAGUCCCAACCUCACUCUUCACGGCGACGAACAGGGAGCGCACACACAUCCCCUCCUCGUAGCGGGAGGAGAGUUUCUUAAUACGAAUUUUGUGUGUGAGAGAGAGUGUGUCAGAGAGAGAGAGAGAGAGAGAGAGAGAAUGUGUUCUGGGAGUGAAUUUAACUUCAGACGGUCACCCCAGCCAAUUACAAUCAACUCAGUGAGGCUCCCCCAAAACAUGUAUGCCUUUUUAAAGUCUUAUCUAUGAGAGGGAGAGAGAGAGAGGGAGAUAGAGAGAGAGAGAGAGAGAGAGAGAGAGAGAGAGAACGGAAGCCAAGCGUCGUAGAGGGGAGUAACCCGUUUUCUCAAGAACUCUCAACAGAGGAGCCACCGCGCGUCUUGACAUAAUUUCGGUUGAGAAGAGCUGAGACAACAGGGUGUUUAUGACAAACCAUCAUUUGUAUGACAGAGAGGAGUAUUUGCUUAACGGAUUGCAAGCCGAAUUCCACCGGUUUGAAGACACCCCAAAUUCUGUGUUUCAGGGUCUUGGAUUAAUCGUGUUUGUCUCGUGUGGUAUGGCAAGAAGAGGGCAAGAAGACGCGCACUGAAGCGAAGCUAACGGACACGGCGCGAGUGAGUGUCAGGAUGCUCUCGAGCUGAGGGCGAAUUUGCCCAACGUUUCAAGAGCUCGUGCCCUCUCUGCGGUUUGAAUCUGAAGAAACCUCUGGGAGAAAAAAAGAAAGUCGCGUGAGGAUAUUUUCACCUAUCACUUUACAGAGUUCGAGGAUGUAUUGGAGGUCCGUUUUUUUGACAGGAUUAUGCGUUGUCACUGUCUUGACUGCUUGGGCGGGUCCAUGCGGGGAGAAAAUAGUCAUCUUUAGUCCUGGGUACGUGACAUCGCCUGGAUAUCCGUCCGCUUACCCGACCUCCGUCACCUGUGAGUGGCUAAUCCAAACGCCGGAACAGGACCAGAAAAUACUAAUCAACUUUAACCCGCACUUUGACCUGGAAGACCGAGAAUGCAAGUAUGAUUUCAUGGAGGUGUAUGAUGGAGCAGAUGACCAGGCCCAUCUGGUGGGGAGAUUCUGUGGGAAAAUCGCUCCAUCUCCCAUUGUCUCCACGGCUGAAAGCCUGCACAUCCGCUUCACAUCCGACUACGAAACAACAGGAGCAGGCUUCAGCAUCCGCUAUGAAAUACACCGCACCGGCACUGACUGUUCCAGAAACUUCACUGCUCCCAGCGGCGUGAUCCAGACCCCCGGGUUCCCGGAAAAGUACGCCAAUAAUCUGGAGUGUACAUUCAUGAUCCUGGCCCCCAACAUGGCUGAGAUUGUGCUGGAGUUUGACAGUUUCGAGAUGGAGCCUGACACCUCACCCCCCUCCGGCGCCGUCUGCCGCUUCGACUCACUGGAGAUCUGGGACGGCCUCCCCACAGUGGGUCCUCACAUCGGGCGUUUCUGUGGGUCGAAGCGGCCAGGUCGAGUGGUGUCCUACACAGGCACUUUGUCUCUGACCAUUCACACGGAUAAUGCCAUCACCAAGGAGGGCUUCUCAGCCAAUUACACGAUCAAACCGCCCCGAGAGCCUGCCCACCAGCAGCACAAUGGCACGUGCAUGUUUCCACUGGGAAUGGAGUCUGGUGAAAUUGGGAUUGAUCAGAUUACUGCAUCCUCCCAGUACAACCCCAGCUGGUCCCCACAACGCUCUAGAUUAAAUUAUCCCAAAAACGGCUGGACGCCUUCUGAUGACUCCAGCAGAGAAUGGAUACAGGUGGAUCUGGGCUUCCUGAGAUACGUCUCUGCUAUUGGAACCCAGGGGGCCGUCUCCGUAGAAACGAAGAGGCCGUAUUUCGUCAGGUUGUACAGAGUGAGCGUCAGCAGUAACGGGGAGGACUGGGUCACUGUGAGAGAAGGAAACAAACACAAGGUGUUUGAGGGGAAUCAAAACCCAACAGACGAGGUUCGUUCCAGUCUACCCAAACCUGUUCUGACCCGUUACCUACGGAUACGACCCCUCCUCUGGGAAAAUGGCAUCUGUAUGCGCUUUGAAAUUUAUGGCUGCAAAAUAUCAGACACUCCAUGCUCCUCUAUGUUAGGGAUGGUAUCGGGCCAGGUGUCAGACUCUCAGAUCUCGGUCUCUCCACGGAUGGAGCGUGGCUGGCUGCCAGAGCAGGCUCGACUCCUCACAGGCAGAACUGGCUGGACUCCUGCACUGGUCCAAGCCAGUUCGGACCAGUGGCUACAGGUGGAUCUGGGUCAAGAGAGACUGGUCACUGGACUGGUUCUGCAGGGCGGGAAGUUGAAAGACAAGAAUGUGUUUGUGAAAAAGUUCAGAGUGAGUCACAGCACCACUGGUUCCAACUGGACCACUGUCACCGAGGGAAAGACCAGAAAACCUAAGAUCUUUACUGGGAACCUGAACCAUGACACUCCUGAGGUGCGUUCUCUGGUUCCGGUCCUGACCCGUUUUGUCCGGGUGCACCCUGAUCGCGGUUCUCCUGAUGGUAUGGGACUCAGACUGGAGCUCCUGGGCUGUGACCUGCAUGAACCUACAACCCCUCCACCCCUCACUUCUACCAUGGCAACCACUUCACCCGAUGCCACAGUCUCCCUGGAAACCACGUCUGGAACCACAGUGGUUACCACAACAACAGAAGAGUGUGAUGAUGAGUCCACAAGUUGUCAUAGUGGGACUGGAACAGGGGAAGAUUCUAUUCCAUCAGUGAGGACCAUAUCAACUCUGGAGGUGGACACUGCACUAGAGUUUUUGUGGUUUGCCUGUGAUUUCGGCUGGAUGGAAAAUCCUUCUUACUGUGGGUGGAACCCGGAGACUGGCGGUGGAGCUGAUUGGCUCAUUCAGAGUAGCAGCAAGCCCAUAUAUCACAAAUUACCCAAACUGGGCCACUCAGGCACAACGGGGACAUACAUGUACACAGCUCUGUCCUCUGACAGUCCACGCCGGGACAGUGGACUUGAGACAGAGACACAGAGAGAGAGAGGCAGGGCAUGGCUAGUCAGCCCGCCAGUGACGGCACCAGACUCCGACCUCUGUCUCUCCUUCUGGUAUCACCUCUCCGGAGAGUUCACAGGAGCGCUGCACAUCAGACAGAGGAAAGAGGAGGAGGAGACAGAGGGAGGAGAGGGGAUGGAGAGGGAGAAGGAGAGGAGUAAAGUCGAGACGCUCCUGUGGACUGUUGGAGGCCAGUGGAGUUCUCAGUGGAGGGAGGGAAGAGUCCUGAUGCCAAGGGCAGACACACCCUACCAGGUGGUCAUUGAGGGAGUGGUGGACAGCUCUGGUCACAUCUCUGUGGACGACAUAAAGAUUCUGAGUGGUUUGGACCCUACAGAGUGUAAGGAUCCUGAAGAUGAGGUGAUGCAGACCUCUGCCCCUGCAGACAUCCUUAUUGUCCCGGUGGAUUACCCUGAUGGUGUUGUGAACUCUGAGCUUGGCGGAGUGGAUGGUGGAGUGAUGAAGACACUGGACCCUAUCCUAAUCACCAUCAUCGCUAUGAGUGGUCUGGGAGUUUUACUGGGAGCUGUGUGUGGCAUUGUCCUGUACUGUGCCUGCUCCAACACCGGACUGACGGAGAGAAACUUAUCUGCCCUGGAGAACUACAACUUUGAGCUGGUGGAUGGAGUAAAACUGAAGAAAGACAAACUGAGUAACACACAGAGUUCGUACACCGAAGCAUGAGAGAGAGAGAGAGAGAGAGAGAGAGAGAGAGAGAGAGUGAGAGAGAGAGAGAGAGAGAGCUAGGGCGGUCUUCUGAAUAACACCAUAGGACCUGUCUGACAGACACACCCAUAAGCAGCUCUGGUUACUCACUCAUGGCAUGAGCUGAAACGUUUGAGGAUCACUUUUGGAGAAAACCUUUGAGAACACUUUGAGAAUAUAUGAAAAAUGCAUUGGGAACGCUUUGGGCACACUCUGGGAACAUUCUGGGAAUGUUUUGCUAGGUUGAGACUGAGCCAUGCUUUUCUCAGGAUCUGCAGCGAAAGUACUCAACCAGCAGGGGGCACUGUGUAUAGAAAUGUACAAUAAGCUGAGAGUAAUUCUGUUAGUAUGUUUGGUUUUGUUUUGUUUUUUUCUUGUCUGUUUGAAUGUUUUUCGGUGCAUUUUAUACAAGGAUGCUGGAGAUGACACUAAUCAGAGUGACGUUAGUUAUCUUUGGGGUUUUUCCGUUUUUGUUGUUUUUUCUUUUUCUCCCAGAGAGACAACAUCAUGGGUAAAGAAGCAACAGAAGCACCACUCAGUAUCAGGCCGCUUUCAGUGUUUAAACUGUGUGUGUAUGUGUGCGUGUGUGUGCGUGUGUGUGUGUGUGUGUGUAUGUGUGCGUG